AUGAAAGUUACGAACACCCCACCCAUCGACAUCCCCUACCAGCUGCAGGCCUGUCGCAGACAUACUACAUUCCCUUGCGGUGUACAGGCAUUCAAAGUACAGUUUGCAGCAAUGAAGACCAUUCGCAAACGGAUCUAUACCAUUUUACCCCGACCAGUCGCCUCCUCCACAUCCCCGCCGGCAGCCUCUACAAUUACUCGUGCCCGGUCCAACUCGAUGUCUUCAUCUGCGGUUCGUUCUUUGCAUACCAUGAGUCAGGUCUCACCUCUCUCGUUCUUCGAUUCACCGCCUCCACCAACUCCUGGAUCGCGUCCUGGGACGGCCGGGAACCUAGCUUUUACGCGCCUUGCCGCCGAGGGUAAAUCUGAACUGGAAACACAAACGGAUACACCUUCCAACCACUCCAGCUACAACGCUGCUCAGGCUCACUCGCAUUCCGGCAAUUACUCCCACUAUUCUCUUGCUGCUUCUUCCUGCCAGUCAGAGCUGGUUACAGAGCUCGCCCCUCCUCUCCUCACACCUUUCUUUCCCUAUGCUUCCCUAACCCCCGCCUUCACCUCCAGUCCUGUAAAUGACGUUAGUUCGAUUCCGGUUGCCGGCCGUCCGCAAACACAUUUUCAUCUUGACGCUGGAGCAUAUGGCAUCCCAAAGCGUUCCAGGGCAACCUAUGCUGCCGAUCAUGGCGCGUACUCGAGACGGGCUUAUGAAAGCUCCCCCUUCUCACACCGUGAUGAUUUCAACUUAUUGUCACAUGCUGUGCAAGUCGGAGAAGAUGCGUACUUCAUCCACCAGUCCGCCAUGGGUGUUGCAGACGGAGUAGGUGGCUGGUCGAGAUUGCGCCGAACAGCCAGACGUGAGGAUGCAAAUCUCUCCCCCAGUGCGCUAUUUGCUCGUCGAUUGAUGCACCAUUGCUGCGAAGAGGUUGAGGCAGCGAGGGCGGCCCUAAUUACACCUCCUUUACCUUCCAGACUUCCUGAUGCUUCACCUCCCACCGCCGAUGAUCUGUAUACAGACCUCGAGGACUCGUUGGAGGAACUGGCAGAUGGAUUAGACGUACUCAUGAUUCUGGAAAAAGCAUACGAAAGAACCAUCCAAGCACACACACAAAGUCAUACAGCGUCCUCGAUCAACGUGACCGGAUCACCUGAACCGCCGGUACCAGUAGAUGUUACCAACUUGCCGACACAAUCCUACGGAGCCGCUCACGCUGCGGGUGCGAGAGACAAUAAAUCUGAAUUUGCUCUCUGCCCUGAAACUCAUGGUUCCUCUUCAUGGUCGUCUGUUCUAUCUCCUUCUGCAAAACCUGGCCCCUCAGAAACCUCAAUGCAAGGUUCGGCGACUGUACUACUCGCUGUGCUGGAACAUCCGUCUGUUGGACCCUUGAAACAAGAGAACCCGUCGCUUCUAUUCAGCCCCAAGGCAUCCAAAGCUGAGGGACCUCCGUCGGUAGCCGGUCGAGGCGCUGUAAUUAAGGUAGCGCACUUGGGUGACUGCGUGGGCAUGCUUGUUCGAGGGGAUGAGAUUGUUUGGCGGACAGAGGAGAUGUGGUGGAACUUCAACACGCCUGUACAACUCGGACCGUCGUCCCCUACUAAGCCCCGGGAAGCACAGCUAUUCACAGUCCCUGUUCAGGUAGACGACAUACUCAUUCUCGCCAGCGAUGGCCUCAGCGACAACUUGUGGGACGAGGAUGUUCUAGACGAGGUAGUUCGCUUCCGUCAUAUGUUUUGGAAGGACGGUUCGUGGUUCGGACCAUCUUCGCUGAAUAAAUCCGGACAAACGGGAUUCGCUCGUAAUGCAAUGGCUGCCAUGCUCAGUGAGGCACUUUGCUCUCGAGCUCGCCUUGCCGCGGAAAAGCGAACCAAUGACGACAAAUGUUCUCUCAAUACCAGCUGCGAAGUGCCCUUUGCACGACGAGCUCGAGAACAAGGCAAAGCUUUCCAUGGAGGCAAGCCAGACGAUAUUUCUGUACUUGUCGCUGUCAUUUCUGAAGGGGCGGCGUAG